GGAGGUUGGCUUCUUCAAGCCACUCUCGCUACGCGAGGGCUGAGGAGUGCUAGCUGAGGUGAGCGCACGACCCGUGGAGGCCACUGGCCUGUCGCGUCGCGACGAGGCUUCCCUUCCUAAGGACUCGGGGUGACGCCGCAUAGCGGAGCGCUAAGCCCUGCUGACGUCUGAGGGGCAGUGUCCCGCGGGCGCCCGGUCCCCACGCAGCGGUUCCGAGCCUUCUGCAGCAGGCAGAGGGGCUGCAGAGAUAAUCCUCCUGGCAGAGGAGUAAACAGAGAUGUUCAUUACUUAACUCCUCCACGAAGAGGAGCUGAAGAUGCACAAUUGUGUCCAGAGGGAAAGAAAACAAAGGGAAGCUGUUUCUUACUUUGUGCAUCAUCAGGUCGUCUUGAAAUUUAACUAAAAAUAUGACAGCUCUUUCUUCAAAGAACUGCUCUUUUCAAUACCAACCACAUCAGUCUCAGCAGCCCCUCGAUGCCUCCUGUCUGUUGUUCUUGAUCAUACUUGCGAAAGUGUUAUUAAAUAUCCUCAUCCUAAGAGUGAAAAGGAAAGACACCUGUUGGACUUUUAUGGAGUAUUUCUGCUUUUCAGUUGCAUUUGUUGAUCUCCUGCUGCUGGCAAACAUCUCCAUUCUGACCUACUUCAGGGACUUCGUAGUUCUAGGUAUUAGGUUUACUAAAUACCACAUCUGUCUGCUCACACAAAUCACUUCCUUCGCUUAUGGCUUCUUGCAUUAUCCAGUCUGCUCACUGGCUUGUAUAGACUACUGGUAUAAUCUGUCCAGAGCCACCAAGCAUCCAUCUAGGUGGCAAAAGUUACUUUAUUUCUUGACAGUCAUUUUAACUUGGAUCUCAGUCCUUGCUUACGUUUUGGGUGAUCCGACCAUCUCAGUAAGCCUAAAGACACACAGGGCUAAUGUGUACCAGUGUCCCUCCUAUGUCAGCACUCAGAGUCACUGGCUGUCACUGUCUAUGCUGAUGGUUUUAUUUGUGGCCUUUCUGAUUUCAUGGCAAGAAGUUGUUGCCUUGUUACAGGCUAUGAGGAUAACAUCCUAUAAGAAGAAGGCCGUCCUCUAUUUUCCUUUCCCACCCCACUUCCGUUACACUGUGAGCUCCAGAGAAGUGCUCUUGCCCAGGCUCAUCGUGUGCUUUCUUGGUACCUGGUUUCCCUUUGUAGCACUUCAGGUCCUCAUCCUCUCGCUCAGAGUUCAGAUCCCGGCAUACAUCGACAUGAACGUCCCCUGGCUGUACUUUGUCAACAGUUUUCUCAUUGCCGCAGUUUAUUGGUUUAACAGCCACAAGCUUUAUUUAAGAGGCAGCACAUUACCUGUGGAUCCUUUCAUCAACUGGAAAUGCUGCUUUGUUCCAGUCCAUAGACUUAAGCAAGUGGAGAGGCCCAUGUCCAUCAUCGUCUGCUAACAUCUGUGCUGGAGGACCUCCAGAAGCUCCAAGAUCAACCUUACAAGGACAAAGGUGGCUCAGGACAUGGGACUGAAGCUCUUGUUCCCCUUUUAUCUUUUCAGCACAGCCUCUGUGGGGCGGAUAUCAAAUAGUGCUAAGGACACAUGAACACAGCAGAAUUUUUAUGUCUGCUCGCCAACAUUGUGUAUUUGCUAUUAAUCCAAAAGUAAAAUAAACACAUUAACAUGCG